GAGUCCGCCUCUGCGCUCCAACCGACUGACUGGCUACGUGGGGAGCCGGUGUGGGCGCAGAGGAGGACUUUCCUAUAAAAGCAGGGAUCCCACGGUCAGACGAGCUCGUCUCUCUCAGUCAUCACAGACAGGAGCCGCGAUUCCCCGCGAACAGCUGAGUUAUUCCUUCCGUCACAGUUCGGAAAACCCUCUCAACCUCACCCAAAGGAAAUCUUAGUCUAUGGUCCUGACUGACGCUCCAACAAGGAUGUCCCGGACCGACGAGGUGCACCGUAUAACGGAGAAUGUCUACAAGUCCAUCAUGGAGCAGUUCAACCCCUGCUUGCGGAACUUCAUAGCCAUGGGAAAAAGCUACGAGAAGGCGCUCACCAGUGUCACAUAUGCUGCAAAGGGCUACUUCGACGCUCUGGUGCGGAUGGGCGAGAUGGCCAGCGAAAGUCAAGGCUCUAAGGAUCUUGAAGAGGCAGCAUGGGAGGUGCUCUUUCAGAUGGCUGAAGUGCACAGACAGAUCCAGAUCCAGCUUGAAGAGAUGCUGAAGUCUUUUCACAAUGAGCUGCUCACAGAGCUGGAGAAGAAGGUCGAGUUGGAUGCACGCUACCUGAACGCUGCGCUGAAGAAGUACCAGAUGGAGCACAAGAGCAAAGGGGAGAGUUUGGAGAAGUGCCAGGCAGAACUGAAGAAACUGCGCAGGAAGAGCCAGGGCAGCAAGCACCCCUCCAAAUAUGGAGACAAGGAGAUGCAGUAUGUAGAGGCCAUCAGCAAUAAGCAGGGCGAGCUGGAUAACUACAUCGCUGAGGGCUACAAGAACGCUCUCUCCGAGGAGAGGAGGAGGUACUGCUUCCUGGUGGACCGUCAGUGUGCUGUAGCCAAGAACAGCAGUGCCUACCACGGCAAGGGGAAGGAGCUUUUAUCCCAAAAGAUCCCAGUGUGGCAGCAGGCGAGUGCCGAGCCCAACAAACUGCCAGAUCGUGCUAUGUUUCUGGCCCAGCAGAUGAGCGGUGCAGUGGGCAUCAUGGCUUCCGGUGCUCAUCAUCCAGGCAUGCCCAUCUCUGAGCCCAUCCCUGGUGCUAAACCCCUGCCAGUGCCUCCAGAACUGGCAGCCCUGAGGGCCAGUGGGGGCAUGGGACAGCAGAGGCUUAUGGGAGGUGUUGAAGGAGGGAUGACAGUGAUGAACGGCACGGGAGGUGCUCACGGAGGAGAGGACUACCAGCAGUGGAUGGAGGGCAAGGUGGCCCAGGGCAAGGCCUCACCACAGACCCAGCGGCACGGAGCGGAGGUCUACUCCAACACCCUGCCUGUGCGCAAGGUCGCCCCGGCCAAGAGCAAGACCACACUGAUGGAAACCCGUACGCUGCCCCGGUCCAGCUCCAUGGCAGCGGGGCUGGAGAGAAACGGGAGAACUCGAGUCCAGGCCAUCUUCUCCCAUGCAGCCGGUGACAACAGCACCCUGCUCAGCUUCUCUGAGAGCGAUGUGAUAACCCUGCUGGUCCCAGAGGCCCGUGAUGGGUGGCACUAUGGAGAGAAUGAGAAGACGAGGAUGCGUGGCUGGUUUCCCUUCUCCUAUACUCGGGUGAUCUCUGACGGUGACGGCAACUCCAUGAGGCAACUUCGAGUACACAACCUCCACGGGAAGAGUAGCAGCACAGGCAACCUUCUAGAGAGAGAAGACAUGGCUCUCUCCGUCCCUGAUUACGGCAUCCACUCCCGUAUGGAGGCACAGAGCGCUGCUGCGCUGCAUAGCAGACAACAACGCCCCUACAGCGUGGCGGUGCCAGGCUUCUCACAGCAAGGAGUUGAAGAAUAUGAGCCCCGCUUCCCCACAAGUUCCACAGAGGGCAAAUUGAUUUCGACAGUGUGAGGACAGACAGACAAACAGGCACAGACUCAGCCAGACGAUGCGAUAGGACAGGCACCUCGCUGCCCCUCAACCAACCCCUUCCCUCAUCGUUACCCCCUCUUUCCUGCCUCCCUACCUCCCGCUUACAGCAAUAAACUCUCCCUGAGCCAAUCAAUGUAAGGAAGAGGCUUGGGUCUGUAUCAUUUCCCCUCUCUGAUCUCCCUCCCUUCUUCCCCAAUCCUGCCCUCUGCUGUCUAACUGGCCGGUAGCCACACCGGGCCACUGGUGACGCCUUGGUGCAGAGCCACGCCAAGCCAAACCAGAACAAAACGGACUCUGUGCCAUCCAAAUAUUCAAAAUCAAUGUGAUGGACAUUUUCUAAGGAAAAUGUAUCUUUUGCUUGUCUUUCAUGCAUGUACAUUUCUUUUAUAUAUCGCCGGGGAUUAUAUUUCCCCACCAAAGGAACCUGAUUUUUACAAAUGUCAAUGCUCUCCAUCAGAAUGACAAUGUAAAGGAUAUGUAAAUCAGGGUGUGAAAUUAAUGAUGUUGAUCCCAAAGAGGAUUUUCAUAAUGUAAAAACGGUAUUACAAUCAAUACUUUUACUGGGUCUUUCAGUAUUAUAACAAUAAUUUGACCUUUUCAUGCUGUGUGCAGGUUUUGUAUUCCUCUGAGAGAAGAGGCCAUGUAUCACGAGUAGUGAACAGCUGAUGUAAAUGUUUUAACUUAUGGAACGGAGACAGUGUGACAGGAAUGUUAACUGUACAUAAAUGUGCCAUACAAAAGUGCUUGUCAUACAGUAUCUAUGAUCAAUUCAUUAAAAAAAACCCACCUUAUAAAAGUAAUAGUCUAUAUUUCUGAUUUUGUGUAAAAAAACAAAACAAAAAAAAACUUACUGUAACGUUUUCAGUAUCAGCCUUUGAACUUGUUCUCCAACAUCUUUAUGGAGGGACAAUGUGCUCAGACACACAAACCCAGGUGCUUGGGGUCCAGUGACUAUCUAAUGUGAUGUGUGAAUACCAUGCCAAGGCUGAAUGGGGUCAACUAUCCCUCGUCCCUGAAUGACACGGAAGGCUGUGAGUUGGGUUUAGUGCUGAAACUAUUAGAUGAUUAGUAAAUUACCAAACAAACAUUCGCUGACUCCAGCUUCUCAAAUGUGAGAAUCUGCUGCUUUUUUCUGUUUUUUUAUACAAUCGUAAAUUAAAUAUCUUUGAGUUUUGGACUGUUGGUCGGACAAAAAAAAUACAUUAGAAGACAUCACUUGGCAUUUGGAGAUAUUUUUACAUUUUACAGACUAAAUAAUCAAUGUUUGAAAAAAAUAAUAAGCUAAUUAAUUGCUGAUAAAAAGUAUUAAUCGUUGCAGCCCUAGUUAGGUUAACCAUCGUUCAUGCAUGAAAGAAAAGACAACUGGUACUGCUGUUUGGCUCGGUGCACAUGAUCUUGAAAUAUCGCUUUUCAUUUGAAACCAUUUAAAAUCUUUUCUACUUUCGGACAUAUUAUAGUGCCUCUUACUGUGAAUUAAAGACUAAUGUGAAUAAUAUAUUUUUACGGCGACUUAAAAUUAUUGUCAAUAAAAGAGAUGCCGAUGAACUUCUGGAUCCAGAGAUUCAAAUGAGGCAUCGGCAGUUUUUCAAUAAUGAGACAGGGUCACUGGAGUCAAAGCGGUGUUUCCAUUGUGCCACAUUUAUCCAGGGUACAGAUUUAUGUCACAGCCUCUCUGCAGCCUUGAAGGGGAGAGGCGUUCAUUUGAUGUUGAAACCUCAUUCAGCCUUCUUGUACUGUUGUCUUUGCAAUUAAAGGCUUGAUUUUAAAACCUCAGUGAGUAAAAAGCAUCAUGUUUUGAAGAUAAAAUAACAGUUUGUCCGAUUCUCUCUGUGCUAAAUAAAGAUGCUGAUGUGUUUGUCUGUAUGUCGGUCCAGUUAGUGCCUGUCUUUACUAACCACUGUCCGUAUGUCGACAUCUGAUGUCCACUAUAGCCCACUAGGUUUUGGUCUUUCUCAUAUUGUUGGCUUCUAAAUCUUACGAGGUUUUUUUUUUUCCCAAAAAUCUCAUCCAAGUACUAUCUUUACCUAAGAGAAUAGGUGAAAAUUUAAACUGUGCACCUCCCCCAUGCCUCCUACUCUGCAAAAAUGUCUGUCUUCACCAAAUAUUUAAUAUCGUCAUGUGUUUAAAGAAUCUUAAAAUAGUUUUUUCUUCAAAUGAGUGAAAACAGUGAGGCAGAUACUUUCACUUGGUGCUAGAAAAUCUCAGAAUUGUUAGAAACAAGUGUCACUUUCCUGAUCUGCUAUAUUCUGCGUUGUUUUCACUUCUUUUAAGAAAAAUAUUUUAAGACUUAAUUGGAGACUUUAGUCAAGAUUGACUUUUUUGCUUUGUAGAAAUGUUGUCCUUGCUGCAUAUGUCUGCUGUCUCUUCGCUCUCUUCUCCCUCUCCUCUCAAUUUUUUACCUAACACUCGUCUUCCCCCUCAGUUUUGCCAACCCUCCUUUUUUCCAUCUCUGUUUUGAUGAAUUUAGAGACAAAAGUCGAGUGCAAACGACUGGAAGCUGCCAGUGUUUCUUCUUUCUCCACUAAAAUAAGUCCAAGGUAUGACUGCCAUUGUUGCAGAGAUAGCACACCAACCACCUGUGGCCAAAUAACUCCUACAUCAACGGAUGUGCUGUUAUUUUCAGGGGUUUUGUUGUAAAAGAAUAAAAACAUCUAAAUACUGUACAGAGAAUCUAUGGACAUGCAUGCUUUGGGGGCACCAAAAAGUGUAACAUUGAUGACCUCAAAUGUAUGGUGAAUUUCUACUCUAAAAAGUAUUAAAUAAAUUUAUUCAGCUGGA